AUGACAUGUGGUGGUCAAAUCGAUGUUUCCAGUCCUGAAGGUAACAGAUUACCAGAUAUAGCUGGUUCAAAAGAAAAAUCUACAAUAAUUCAUGAUCGAAAAGGAUUGAUUAGUAUGGAUAUAACAAAAAGUAUAAAUGAAUUUAUUAUUACAUUAGGUCCUGCUCCAAUGUUGAAUGAUAACUAUGUUGUAUUCGGUGAAGUUAUCAGUGGAAUGGCUAUUUUUGAUUCUAUUAAUGCUUGUGGUGUUCGUAAUCAAGUUGAUACAGUUAAUGGUGAUGGUCAACCUUUUGAUGCUAUUUCAAUUUAUUCAUGUAGUUAG